UAAAUGAUUUUGCAGUGGUGAAUUGUAUUAAAUAUCAUUCCCUUCUAAAAAUUCCAUAUAAAUAGUGUUUCCAAACAAAAGAUUUAAUAUCAGCAACAACAAAAACCAGCCACAUCUUACAUUCAUGAAGAAUUAAAGAAAAAAAAUAAAGAAAGGAACACACACACUCACGUACCCAGCUUAGCGAUAACACGUAGCGUACGCCAGAUACAAUAAUGUUAAGCUCAACUCAUGCAUCACGGUCAUUAUUUGGAGCAGUACUAUAUUUGGCCCUAACGUCUUUGCUGCUGCUAUUUACCCUGACAAUUGUACCAACGGUCAGAGCAACAGAUGAGAAGAUCAACUUACAGCGCUAUUUUCCUCUAGUAGCCGAUGAUCAAUUGCUAAAUAAUGAUAAACGAUUCCUACAAAUAAUGCAGGGUGGAGGAGGAGUCAGCAGCAAUGUCGGCGGUUUGAACAGUGCCAGCAUUUCCUCAACCGAUACCAGUUUAUGGCCGGAUAAACCCAAGAUCAAUGUUCAGCAAGAAAUCAAUAAGUUAAACAUAACAUAUGUUUAUCAAUCAUCAUGGCCAAAAAUGGAUGUAAAAUUGGGCUCGGUUACAGCUGUAAGUUUUGAUAAAGACGGUCAUAUUGUAUUGUUUCAUCGUUGUGAUCGCAUUUGGGAUCAAAAUACAUUUACGUUGGGUAAUGUGUUUCGUCAACGCAACAAGGGACCCAUACGUGAUAGCACUGUUUUGGCAUUGGAUAGAGAAACUGGCAAUUUAGCCUACGAUUGGGGUAAAAAUUUAUUCUAUAUGCCACAUGGUCUUACCAUCGACCACGAGGAUAAUGUGUGGAUAACCGAUGUCGCUCUGCAUCAGGUGUUUAAAUUUGGACCACGUGGCUCCGAUGAUAAACCACUCAUGAAAUUGGGCACGGCAUUUACACCGGGUUCGAAUAAAUCCACCUUUUGUAAGCCAACCUCUGUUGCUGUCUUGGAAAAUGGUGAUUUCUUUGUGGCCGAUGGUUAUUGUAAUGCACGAAUUUUGAAAUAUUCCAAAGAUGGACAACGCAUUCUGUCUUGGGGUCAGAAUACUUUUUCGGGAACAUCAUUCGAUGUGGCCCCACAAAAUUUCUUCGCCAUACCGCAUGCAUUGACAUUGGUACCGGAACAGGAACUGGUGUGUACGGCAGAUCGUGAAAAUGGUCGUAUUCAAUGUUUCUUCUGGUCAAACGGCACUUUCCAUUCGCAGUAUCAUUCACAAUUGAUUGGUGAUCGUUUGUUUAGUAUGGAUUAUACGCCAGCUCAAGGUGGCCAAUUUGUUGUGGUAAAUGGUCCCACCGCUGAAAUUGGCGUUAAAACCGAACAAUAUAACGAAGUACGUGGCUACAUUAUGGAUUUCAAGACCACCAAAGUCAUUGGCAAAUUUGGUCCCAACGACUUGACAUUUUCCAAUCCUCAUGAUGUUGCUGUCACAAUGGAUGGCAAUGAAAUAUAUGUUGCCGAAUUGAAUCCCACCAAAAUACACAAAUUCCUGCAUAAAUCAUUGGUUAAAACCGUAUCGCUAUCAGCAGCUAAACCCAAAGCCAAUAUAGAGGUUGAUGAUAAAACUCAAGGUGUAAAUUUAACAGUUGCAGCCGGUCUGACAGCUGAUGGUCGUAUUGGUGUAAUGACAGACAAUGUGGCUGCGGAACAUCAUAAGCCAGGGGCCACAGCCAUAUUGGUGGCAACACUUAUGCUUCUCUUUGCCUUUCUCACAUUCGCCAUGGCUUUACUGAUAGCCCGAAGGCGUCGAAGAGGUUGCAUGCCAUUUGGUAACAAUAAUCGUCGCCAUGCAUGGGACUUUCCCGCCAAACCGGAUGGCUUUAAAUUGGGUGGUCUGCUCUUGGAACGCAACAAACGCAGUGGGUUUGAGAAACUCGAUCAAAACGACAGCGAUGAAGAUGAAUCUGAGACACAAACGAAUGGCCUUAGCAGUGCACAAUUUGCUUAGAAUUAAAAAGGGAACGAAACGAACAAACAAAUUCCAUAUGAUGAUGUAUAGAAUUAUAUAGUCCUUUACAAAAAGAGAAGAAGAACCAAACAUUGAAGGCUAGCGAUUAUUUUUUUUUUUUAAUUUAAACUUUUACCUUUUUGGAAUCUAUUGCUGUUUCUCGAAAUCCUAAUCUGAUGGCAGAAGAAAAAAUGAAUUUAUACCAGCGAAUAGUAAAAACGAAUAGGCUCGGCUUAGAAUCAACUAAUUGAUACGAUGGAAGUGUUUUGAGAUCCACCACUUCCUGUAUUUAUUGCCAAAAACAAGACUAUGAUGACAUUCCGUUGAUUUUAAAUGAUUUCUUUUUUUUACAAACUAAACUAACGAUCUCCAAAUGUGUAAAUAAAUUAUGUAUAAACUGAUUACAAUUCUUUUAUGUUAAUUUUGAAAAUUUAUAUUUCUAUCUGAUCCUAUUAUACAAUUAUGAAGAAAAGAAAAUCCAAUAUUGAAAAUAAACGCAUUUAAGCUAAGAAA